UGAUGCCUUCCCUCCUUUUGAACUCUCCUGUCCUGUGAAGCUUUUCUGAAACUAACACAUAACCAUUUGUUUAGGUCUAAGUUUUUUGGGGUGGGCUCAGUUCUUGAAGUCUGCAGGACUGGUUCGUCGAGACACAGCUUCCUUCACCAACGACACCUAUGCUGCCGAUGAAUGUUGAUGCGGCCGUACCAAGCUCUUCACAGCAGGCUGGUCUAGCAGCCACCACAAAUAAGCGCAACAGGCCUCGGUACCAUCCAUUUACACAGCAGCAGCUUCCAGCAUGCCAUUUUAUACUUAAACCUCCGACUGCGAUUGCUGCAAUUGCGUUGGUGGGCAUAAUUUUUAUUCCGAUAGGUCUUGCCUGCAUGGCAGCCUCAAACAAGGUUGUUGAAGUGGUGGAUCAGUAUGAAACCGCAUGCAUACCGGAAAAGAUGCGCGACAACAAAGUUGCUUAUAUCCAGAAUCCUUCGACAGACAAGUCCUGCCCAAGAUUGCUGAAGGUUCAUGCGCAUAUGAAGGCGCCAAUUUACGUAUACUACAAACUCGACAAAUUCGACCAGAACCAUAGGAGGUAUGCAAGGAGCCGCAGCAUCAGCCAGCUUGGGUCCCCGAAGAUGGCCAAGGACACGAAGACCUGCAGCCCUGAAGCCACCGCGAAGGGAGGAGGCCCCAUCGUCCCCUGCGGUCUCGUCGCGUGGAGCCUGUUCAACGACACCUACGGCUUCGCCCGUCGCAACGAGACGCUGGCGGUGAACAGGCAGGGCAUCUCGUGGAGGAGUGACAGAGGCCACCUGUUCGGCGACCGUGUCUACCCAAGAAACUUCCAGGCCGGCGCUCUGGUCGGCGGCGGGACGCUUGAUCCGAACAAAUCCCUGAGUGAGCAGGAGGAUCUGAUGGUGUGGAUGCGAACGGCGGCGCUGCCGGCGUUCCGGAAGCUGUACGGGAGGAUCGAGGUGGACCUGCACGCCGGCGACGAGGUAGCGGUGACGGUGCAGAACAACUACAACACGUACAGCUUCGGCGGGAAGAAGGCGCUGGUGCUGUCCACCGCCGGCGUGCUGGGCGGCAAGAGCAGCUUCCUCGGCCGCGCGUACCUGGCCGGCGGCAUAGCAUGCCUCGCCCUGGCGCUGCUUCUCACGCUGCUCUUUCUCCUCCCGGUGCCAGCGCACGCGUCGUCGUCGUAGCAAGUCAGGUAGAGGCAGGCGUCGCUGCAAGUGCAAGGGCCACCAACCUUCUUCUCACCUUAAACUUGAGUUUGGCUUCAAAUGCUUUGCUAGUGUAAAUUUCAAAUAAAUAUGUACUAUGCUUUUGCGCGUCAUGUGUUGGAUAUUUUGGAUGAGACAGACUGCGUCGUCACAACUCACAAAAUAGAGUCGCUGAUGUUGACACUUGACAUGUUGUGGCGCACGAUUUCUCUCUGAACUUCCUAUUUACAUUUUUUUUUAAAAAAAACGAAAAUAGGUACUAUAACACGGCACGAGUCGAAUAAUAAGACACGCGCAGCGCACGCAGCACAAGGCUGAACGGCUGAAGGCCGCCUCAAGUGUCAGCAGAGCUCAUCUCUUCUGCAACUGCAUUUGUCUGUGGCACUCAGCUGCGCCUGCCGCCCAGCACAAUGGAGAGGGCCGCCUCGUUCCUCUCCUCGCUCCUCGGCGUCGCCGGCGGCGAUUCCGGGGCACCGGCGGCAACGGUGAAGUCCGUCCUCGUGUACCCCAUCAAGUCCUGCAGGGGGAUCUCCGUGGCCCAAGCCCCAAUCACCGCCACGGGGUUCAGGUGGGAUCGCCAGUGGAUGCUCGUCAACUCCAAAGGGAGAGCGUACACGCAGAGGGUGGAGCCCAAGCUUGCUCUGGUUGAGGUCCAGAUGCCGCCGGAGGCCUUUGCCGAGGACUGGCAGCCCACGCCGGACGACCACAUGGUUAUCAGAGCACCUGGAAUGGAACCGUUGAAGAUCCCUCUUUGUGUGGAAUGCGCCACAAUCAAUGAUGUUUCUGUGUGGGAGUGGGCUGGCUCUGCGUAUGAUGAAGGAGCUGAAGCAGCCGAAUGGUUUUCCACUUUUUUGGGGUGCCCAACUCGACUGGUGCGCUUUAACGAAGGGCUCAUUGGAUGCACUAAAUGAGAUACUCAAAGAGCCUAUACCAAUUAACCGCUUCAGACCAAAUAUUUUAGUGGAGGGGUGCCACCCAUAUGCAGAGGAUAUGUGGAAAUCAGUAAAGAUAAACAAGUUAACAUUUCAAGGCGUGAAGUUAUGUGGCCGUUGCAAGGUGCCUACAAUUAAUCAAGACACUGGAAUACCUAGCCCUGCUGAACCAACUGAAACUUUGCAGACAUAUCGGUCUGGUGAAGUGCUGCUUCCUAGCCACAAAAACAAACGGCAGGUGUACUUUGGGCAAAAUGCGGUCUGCAGUGAAUCCCUGUCACUGAAUAGCAAAGGAAGGAUCGUCAAGGUCGGUGAUCCACUUUAUGUUACACAGUCGUUCUCUUCGUCUGAUGAAGUGCCAGCCUGAGUGACUGAAUCAGGGCCUAUGUAACAGCCACUUGUUCUAUGUGUGUUUUUGAACAUACCACUUGUUCUAUGUUGAGCGUGCAAAAGGCAAAGAACUGGUUUGUUGGGAAGUUGUUGGUAUUAA